AUGGCGACCGCACCUUUUACCGGCGCAAAGCGCCUACGAGAGCUACUAAGCGACGAAAGCAAAAUCGUUGUCGCGCCAGGUGUGUUCGAUGGCUUCACCGCAAGACUCGCCCUCCAAGCCGGCUUCGACGCCUUAUACAUGAACGCUGCUAUGAUAGCGAGUUUAAAUCCCUCGGUACCUGUGAUUGCUGACGCUGAUACCGGCUACGGCGGCCCGAUCAUGGUAUCACGUACAGUCGCGCAAUAUGCUCGAGCUGGGGUUGCGGCAUUACAUAUUGAGGAUCAGGUACAGCAGAAGCGAUGUGGGCAUCUUCUGGGGAAGCAGUUGGUUGAUCGUGAGACUUAUUAUGCUAGAUUGAGGGCAGCAGUUAAGACACGGAAUGAUAUUGGGUCAGAUAUGCUUAUUAUUGCGAGGACUGAUGCGAGACAGUCUUACGGUUUCGAUGAGGCUGUUGCUCGAUUGGAGGAAGCGGUUAAAAUUGGAGUCGACGUGGUCUUCUUCGAAGCCAUGGAUUCGGAAGACGAGGCUGCAAAGGUUUGUCAAAUUUUCAAAGGCAAGGCAGCGCCAUUCUUGAAUAUGGUUCCAGGAGGUACGACGCCGAACAUGAGUGUUGAAAAAGCACAACAACUAGGAUUUAAGAUCAUGAUUCAUCCUGUCAUACUGUUCAAACCAAUAAUGGACGCAGUGACAGCCGAAUUGGCAACCUUGAAGACGACAGGCCUAUGUGGUCAGCAGAAUGCUGCAGCUGGCGUAAAGGAUGCCUUCAAUCUUGCCGGCCUACAGGAGUGUAUGCAACUCGAUGAGAUUGCAGGUGGACAGGCAUAUUCUGGUGUGGGAGAAUAG